UUCUUUUUCUCAUUAUUUGAUUUUUCUACUACUCUUUUUAUCUCAUAUUCUGUCUGUUUCUAUGCAAUCUUCCAAUAAGUGCUUCAAGAUAUCCUAUUUUCAUCCAAUAUUAUUAUUAUUUUCUUUCAUAUUAUUGAAUAAGAUGAUUAAUGUAUCGUUUUUUUUUUCCUCGAAUCAAUAUAAUAUUUCUUUCCUCAUUACGAUAUUCAGUGUUUGUUGAACAUUUGCUACGUAAACAACUUAGCUUAUUGAUUUAAAAAAAAAGAUAAAAAAAAUUAAUUUUUAUCGAUGAAUAAAUACUCGUGAAAAAGAAAACAAUUGUCGCGUGACGAAAUGAGGAUAUCGUGCGUAAUCGCGUUUUAUAUCAUUAGCAUCGGUAACGUUCUAUAUUGUUCUAUAUCCGCAUAUCCGGAAGCGACACCGCCAAUUGGAAAAAUCCGCGGCUCCAUUUUGACUUCAAGGCUUGGAAAAAAGAUUUAUUCCUUCCGCGGUGUGAGAUAUGCCGAACCUCCCACAGAACGACGCCGUUUUCAGAUUGCUACGCCACUGGCAGAUUGGAACGAUGUUUACGAUGCUUCGAACGAAGGUCCAGGAUGUCCAAAUUUGGAUCGAACGAAUUUCAAAUUCGAGGAUUGUUUGCGUUUAAAUGUGUAUACUGGAAAACUUCCAUCAAAAGACGAGAAUGUGACAAGGCCGGUAUUAGUAUUUUUUCAUCCGGGCGGAUUUUAUUUCUUCUCCGGUCAAAGUUACCUGUUUGGUCCUCAAUAUUUAUUAGAUCAUGAUAUCGUUUUGGUCACCGUGAAUUUUCGUCUCGGUUCAUUAGGUUUCAUAAGUACGGGGGACUCACACGCUCCAGGGAAUCUAGGUUUGAAAGAUCAGGUGUUGGCGUUACGUUGGGUUCGAAGGAACAUCGCUGCUUUCGGAGGGAAUCCAAACUCCGUCACCAUUAGCGGUUGCAGCGUUGGAGGUUUGAGCGUCUGGCUGCACAUGGUGUCGCCCAUGUCGAAGAAUCUGUUCCACAGAGCCAUUGUGAUGAGUGGAUCGCUUUUAAACGCGGAACCUUUCCCGACUCAGCAAAUCGAUCUCGCGAGGAAACAAGCGAAACUUUUAAAUUGUCCCAGCGACAAUUCCGAAGAUAUGUUGACGUGUCUGAGAUCGAGACCAGUUGCCAACUUUACCGACACCAUGAGCGAAUUUUUCGAAUGGAACAAAGAUCCAAUUCUGAUCUGGAAACCUGUCGUGGAACCGAAUAUUCCCGGGGUAGAAAGAUUUCUACCGGCUCAACCGGUCGAGCUUAUAAGGCGAGGAAAGUUCCACAAAGUUCCAGCCAUAUUUGGAAUAACAAGGGACGAAUUCGGGGGAGUGGUUGUCGCGUUUGAGAAUAACACAAGGGCGGGGAACGAUAUGUAUCGCGAUAUGAACGAGAAUUGGUAUCGAAUUGCACCGAUUAGUUUUAUGUACGAGCGUAAUACGUCACGAUCGCAACGAAUCAGCGAGGAACUGCGAAAAUUUUACUUCGAAGAGGAGGCAAUCGAUUCUGCUCGCAGAGAUGGUCUUGCGCGUAUCUACGAGGACAGUAUAAUCAAAUUUCCUCAAUAUCGUGGGGCAAAAUUGAUAGCUGAAAACUCUCCAGCUCCCGUGUAUUUCUACAUGUUUACUUAUCAAGGACGUUUCAGCUUCUCCAUGUGGAAUUCUACGACGCCGUAUGGUAUCGAGCAUCAAGACGAUUUGCAAUAUCUGUUUUACAUGGAAAAGAUCUUUCCAUAUUUCCACGAAUUCACGCCUGAAAAGCGGAUGGUGGAAUUGUACACGUCUAUGUGGGCGAGCUUCAUGGAAAAUGGUGAACCUGUUCCAAAUAAUAACGAGGCGUUUAAAGGCGUAACGUGGGACAGGUUCGUGCAGAACAAUUAUCUGGAGAUCAACUUGAAUUCUAGUAUGAAAACUGGUUUAUACUCCGAUAGAAUGAAGAAAUGGGAAAACCUAUUCCCAUUAUCUUUAAUGUCAGAGGUUUCGAGGAAAUAAAUCCGUAUUCGCGGAUUUUUUUUCUUUUUGCAUCUUAUACUGUUAAUACUAUUCUGUUAGCAUUGAACAUUGAAAGAUAUACAGAAUAUCAUAUCGAAAUCAUGGUACAAGGAAUAAGAACGAUCAUUUGUUCGUUUAAAGUUUCGUUUUCGAGUAAAUCAAGUUUGAAAAUAAAUUGAAUCAGUGAAAAUUAAUUUUUAAACGAAAAAAAAUUAUUCUAUGAAUCUUGUUCAUUUUCAAACUUGAACUUUUAUUUUAAACUUAUUUUAAACUUUGGAAGCUUUUAAUGAAAAAAAAACUUUUUCUUUUCUUCCCAAUCAAAAUCUAUUGCUAACUUUACCAAGUUAAUGAGUUUUUUUAUAAAUUUAUGAUUAAAUAAAAUUAUUCCUUUUCAUCGAUUCGAAAGAUUGAAAUGUUCAUCAUUAUUUAGCCACGUUUGAUCCUUGCAACUGGAUAUUUCUCUGUAUAUUUUCGUUUUAUAAUUUUUUAUACGUUUCCAAGUAUGUAAAGAUAUCCAAAGAAUGGACGUAUAAAUUGAAAAAUGAGAAAUAGAUGAAAGUAGUUGAUCGAUUGUUUGCAUAACGAUUAAUAAACAUUACAAUUCUUUCAUAGCACGGUAUUUUAAAUACACGAUACAAAAAUUAACGAUAAUCUAUAACACGAUAUUUUUGUUAAUAAACAUCGUUGAUAAAUUUGGAGAAUCUUCGCAUGGAAUGGAUAUUUCCAUUAAAUUUUUGUCGAUAUAUCCGAUUUUUGAUUAUAUUCACAUUAAUUUGUAUUAAUUAUAAAUUUCGAUACUAGUUAAUCGUGUUUUAGAAGAGUUGACUAUACAAAUAUUUAUCAGUAUACUUCAAAAUAUUUUCUUUUG